AGUGACCAAGACAAUGGCAGCCGCCAGCGAUCUCUCAUGCAGCAGGCUUACCACCCGAGUUAACCAUGCAACACCCAGAAAUUAUUUUUCCUCGUUAACACUCUGAUUGAGCUCUGUGCCCUUCAGUGGUGCCCCGAAGGCCAUGUUUGGCGAGUUGAGCUCAUAAUUUCUAGAAGCCAAUCCUCUACCCCAACCUGCAUGACAGGUAGGCUGACACCGCCCACAAAUAACCCGUGUUUAUACAGUGACAUGUUAAACAAUGUUAAACCGUUACAACACCCACAUCUAUAUCACCCAAAGCAGCAACAUAUACAGCGGUUAUUUCUUCGUUCAGCCUACAGGCUUUAUUCUGUUGCGUGUGGAAAUAACCUGUGCACUCGGCGUACCUGUGUUGCGCGUGCGCAUGUUUUCGCGAGCAUCAAAAAACCGCUUUAUUAACAUUUUCCUGUCUCCCAGUCCCACCCUCGUCUGUUGAUCUCGGUGAAAGGUCACUGAAGUGCCUCCCUCGCCACGACGGGAGUUCAGCUUUCUGUAAACUGCUGAACUCGUAAACAAAUGAAGUGAUUGUCGAUUACCGAGUCCCUGUGAUCUGCGAUGAAGCUGCAGCACCUGAAGGCAGCGCGCGAUAAUCAACUGAGGCGAGGGCGACUCCGUGACCAUGAAUCAUUGCGGCAGAGAACCCGUCUUCCUGGGAAUUUACAUUUCACAGUGACUGGAAGAUUUGUUGUUUAUUCUUUAUCUCACUUUUGAACGGUUUCUUGUUGUUGGGUUGACAGUCGAGGGCAACAUAUACAUCAACUCCGCGAUGACCUGUUACGAGCCACGUCUGGUUGCCUUGGUGACGGAAGAAAUAAGACUACCGAGGGGUUACCUUCUCUCUCUUUAUCUAUACCGGAAUUGAUGCCCAUGAGUUUCUGAUGCUUCUUACCCUCGUUUAUCAAAUAGCUGUGGCCGUUGUCUUGGAAGGAAAGCAGACAGUGAGACACCCAAGCAUCUUUAUGGGUGGAGAGUAGAACGGUCCGCACGGUUAGUUAACCCUACAGCUGCUACAGACAGCUUCUGGUCAACACUCGGCACACGGGAGGCAUCUGAAGCCAAUUUCCUUAUGGUUCAAUUAAGUAAUUUGUGGAUUCAACACCAUCGACUGGCUAUGACUGGCUUUCACGUGCAUGCGUACUAUUGCACAGUCUUGCGCGCGCGCGGCUUCCUCCUCAUACCUCAUCCAGCAUUGCCAGUGAUGUAUUGGUGCUGCUUACGGCGAGAGGGAGGAAAGAGUUCGGCUCCAGGCUGAGCAUGCGCACAGACCGCCAAGGCUGACGGUAUAACAGUGGCAGUGUGCGCGUGCACGCUGUAGAUGAACUGACAUCGACAGAUGGCGACACUGUCUGCCCUCGGGGAACUUACUGUGCAGUACUACUGAGGGCGGAAGACUCUCCACUUCAAAGAAUGGGCAGGUUCUGUGUUUGUACUGACGAGGUGACCUGUUGCGACAUCUGUAUGAUGUGUGAUUGACCUUUUAAAAAUAAGAGCACGUUUUAAAAUUCUCUCCAAUUGUAUCCCUUGGUAAUGUUGGGAAAGGUGAACUUUAUGAAACUUUCUGAUAGCUGUAUUAUUUUGAGAACUCGACAAACAACAAAAUUCUCUUACAAACAUCGGGCGUUUGUUGUUAUCAUCGUCGUGAUGCUCUUCUGGUGUCUGUGUCUCAGUGUCGAUCAUACAGCACAGACCACGAGCGGGUGGGUGAACGAGAGUGAUUUACUAUUCUAUGAUUGGUGCUGGCUCAGUGGAGGUCAACGUUGCUGAACGCGUACUCAAGAUCGUAUAAAUGGCCAUCGGUGCGAAAUAGCAGAUUUGUUCUAGAAGGAUUAUUUCGUGACCCUUCAUCUGCAUUGCCUUUUUUCCUCGUGUUCACAGUGUGGGAAACGAACACGGAAGAUGUUGAAAAAUUUUGAAUGUUUGCACAAUCACAGAAGGCAACCCGACACGGUAAAGAAAACAAAGGAAUGUCCGGUGACUACUCCACCUUGACUCCCAUCCCCACCCCCACAAACAGAAAGUAACACCGACAGAUUUCCUUGUUGCUUGACAUCAGUUUGGCUAGAACCCAAAAAGAACAAAAUGCAACGACCAGCGGCACAGUCCCGCAAACCAGAGCACGUGACGGUCAGAACAUAACUGUCCUGCUUCAGCUGCCUGCCUCCCAUCGCAUCACAGCGCCUAAUGAAAGCAUCUACCGGCAAAGCUAAAACUGUGGCAGUCAUCUGUAUCAGUUUCUAGUGCGAACACUAACAGCUGGUGCUUGGCCAACCGGCAAGGAUCGAAGUCGUCACAUCGUCGCGCCACCUGGUGACGUCACGCCUCUGCAUGUCGAUUCGUCUCUUCUCCACCUUGAGGGCGGUCACCAGUGGUGGUAAGUGAGAGCUCCAUCGACAUCGGGAACAGAAGGAUCGAGUGUUGACGAGGACCUUUCAUCAUGGCUUCAUAGUGUGACCAACCCGUCUUCAGCAGCCUUGGUCCAGCGGAGGGCACUCACUCGGUGCCCAAUGAGCACUGUCACCAACAUGUCCAUGGGGCACGUUCAAGAGAACGCAAGCCAGGUAACUGCUACCGGGUACAACGUCACUUCCGCUGGGCGCACUGCUGCCGAGAUCGCCGUGACUGGCCUCUUCCUGGUCCUGCUCAUCCUCGUGGCUCUCCUAGGCAACGCGGUGGUCAUCCUGGCCGUCUUCAUGUACCACAGGCUGAAAAACGAGGUGUCCAACCUCUUCCUCGUCAACCUCAGCGUCACUGACCUCAGCAGCGCUAGCAUCGUCAUGACAACGUCCUUGGCCGCCACAGCCGCCGAUAUGCAGCCGCUGAAAAGUGGCUGGUGUUCGCUGGUGUGCGGGGUCAACUACUGCCUUAUCAUCGUCUCCAUGCUGACGCUGUGCUUCAUCAGCCUCGACCGAUACGUGGCCAUCGUGCAUUCGCUGUACUACCACGUUUACGUCACGCGCCGGCGCGUGCUGGCCUUCAUCGCCUACGCCUGGCUUCAGGGAUUUGCCUUCGGCCUGGCGCCUAUCUGUGCGACUGGGUCGAGUACGACUACUGGGAGGCCGUGUGCGCCAUCCAAUGGUACAAGGAACAGCCGAACGCCAUCAUUUAUGUCGUAGUCGCAUUUAUCAUCUGCUUUUUCGUGCCCGGCAUUGUGCUGGUGCUGGCCUACAGCCAGGUGCUGCGUGCGGCCAACAAGAUCCGACCCUCAGGCAAGACCCCACGUGCAGAUACGAACCCUCGGCGAAGCCAGUCCUCCU